UUCCCUGCAAAAGUUACAAAUUCUUCCGAAUCCAAUACAGCAUGGACCCCACAUUUCCCUACCGUUGCACCAAUAAGCAGAAAUAUCAGUAUCAAAUUAUACCUAGAUAUUCUAACUAUCCCUCACAUGCCCUACCUCAGUAUACUCUCUCACCCCCACACCAUUUAACUCCAAAAUCCCCAUUUCUCUUUUUUAACUCUUCCAAAGCUUCUUCUCCACACUCUCCAAUGGCGGAAUACGACGCCGUAACCACCACCAACCACCACCCAAAUCUCAUCCAAAAAGAAACAGCUCUACAAGCUAUCAACACCAUAAUCCAACUCCAUUUCGAAAAAACCCUCGAGAAAAAAAGAGCCGUAGACUUACAAAAAAAAGAACUUUGGAGAAUGUUUCAGCUGUUCUUCCUUUUCUUGGCUUUAGUCUUUUUGGGUCAAGCUCUUUCCCCUAAGCUCCAAUGCCGCCAUUGUUGGAUACCCAUUGGGCUUCUUUCUUUAGCCCAUCUGAUUUUUUAUGUAUCUGUGGCUCAAACUUUGAGAUGCAUUAAUGGGUUUAAGUACCAAAGGAGAUGUCAUAAGCUGACAUUGGGUUUGGCUACUGAAAGGCUAAGGCAAUUGAAGAUGAGAAUUGGGAAUGGUGGGGUUGAGGAAAUUGGGGAUGAAUUUGAGAUACAUUAUCAAGAACCACCAGAGAGUUAUUUUGGUAAGUUUAAGAGGAAUUGGGCUUUGCAUUUUGGGUUCUUGAUUUUCAUUUAUGGGUUCAUGGUUUCUUCCUCUGUUGUAAUCCUUUGUUUCUAAUUAGGAGUGAACUCCACUCAAUUAUCUAGAGUUUGGUUGAGGGGUAGAUUGUGGAAAUUUUGGUUAGGGUGGGGCGGAACAAUUUUGAGAAUUAAUGGAAAAUAUUCUUGCAUCUUUUACAAAA